AUGGCGCGCUUCACUCCUCUCCUUCUCAUCCUUCUGGCCCUUGUCCCACUCUACUACUCUUUGGAUUGCAGAAAGUUCUCUUUUGCACCAGCUUGUCGUGGAAUCAUGCUGAAAAGAUCCGGAGGUCACCCAAUGAUCGACCAAUCACAGCAAAACCUUGUCAACGCUAAGGAUUGGGAAAAAGAGAUGUUGGAGCUCCUCAUCCGCCACAUUGAAGACGAAGCGUUGAUCGCCAACUCAGACUGCGUCAAUGUGUCCGUGCUCCGAGACCGUCUCGUCAAUGCUAGAAACGAGUUGUCGCAAUAA